UUGUUGCUGAGGAGCCUCCACUGAGUGCUGAGUCUGUGUGUGAGUCCUGCGUGUGUGUGCGUGUUGUGUGUGUGUGUGUGCGCUGAGCCGAGCAGCAAACAGGCGCACAGCCGUCGCCUCCUGUUGCAAGUGAUUGUCGCCUUUGACAAAAUGACACAGUUCCCUUCACCAAGUUACCCCCGACACCAUGGCAAGGUCGUGCUCUUCUUUCACCUCUUGUUUCAUACCCCAGGGUUGUUGGCCAGCGAGGUGAUCGUGGCCCCGAGUGUGAGUGCUGUGCUGGGUAAGAACCUGACAUUGGAGUGUCGGGUGGAUGUGGCGACCAACCUCACUCUCACUCAGAGCUCUUGGGAGCGUCGUCUACCCUCUGGUUCGGUCACCGUGGCAGUCUACAACCCGCGUUACGGCAUCUCCAUCUCUCCGGAGUACAUCCAUCGCUUGCAUUUUCAUUCGCCCUCCUCCUACGAUGCUACUAUUGUACUGGAAAAUGUAGGCUUUGCUGACAUGGGCAUGUACACCUGUAAGGUGGCCACAUUCCCUCUAGGGAACACCCAAGCUUCCACUACUGUCAGUGUACACGUGGAGCCGAAGGUCUACGUGUCUGCCGGCUCCACACCACUAAUAGAUGGGGGCAAUGAGACCGUGGUGGCCACUUGUAUCGCAGAGCGUGCCCGGCCCCCCGCUGAGGUGUCGUGGGAGUCCAACCUUUUUGGCCAGUCAGAAGUCCAGCUCUUUGACGACGUCAACGGCACCACGACGACACAAGUGCGUUACCUUUGGCAGCCCACGCGUCACGUCCAGGGCCACACGCUCACCUGUGUUGUCCGCCACCCGGCUCUGCUCAAUGACUUCAGAAUCCCCUACCAGCUUAAUGUGCAGUUUGCUCCUGACAUCUCUGUGGUGGGGUAUGAUGGAGACUGGUAUGUGGGCCGGGACAAUGUUGAAAUGACAUGCAAAGCAAAUGCAAACCCACCCGCUCAUCACUUCAGAUGGAUCAGGCUGGACAGCGACAUGCCAGACGGCGUGGAAAUCAUGAACAGCACGCUGAUUUUCCUGCGUCCCCUCCAGCGGAACGACACCGGAGUUUACAGAUGCGAAGUUGCCAAUGACAUUAACCUCCGCAGUCGGGAUGUGCGCAUACUCAUACAAGAUCCUCCCACCAUGCCUUCCAUCAUUACUGCUCCUGUCCUCUCUGGUUCCUCCUCCACCCUAGUGGACAAUAAACUCCGCGCAAAUCUCAGCUCCCCAACUCUUGAAGCGCUACCUGAGGGUAAUCUGGGCACCGUAGUGGGUGGGGCUGUGGGCGGGGCUUUGUUCCUGCUGCUGCUGCUGUUUCUGGUCGGCGUGUGUUACCUACGGAAACAGCAGACCUUCCACGGGGAUUACUACGCCAAGCAGUGCCCGGGCCCGAGCGAUCUUCAGAAAUCCCUCAGCAAGCAGCACGAGCUCAACGCCACCAAAGCUGGCGUCGGCGCCCACCACCAUCAGGACCAAGAUCGGGAGGAAUGGGGUGGGCGCGAACUGAAGCAUCACAGCGGCGACGAAUACCCGUCUAAUGGCUAUACGAGGGCUAUGAGGGAAGGCGGUCACCACAGCAACCAGCAGAAUCCCCAGCAGGGACACACACAGUAUUGUAGUCCACAGCAGCAGCCCAGGAGGCCCAGAUACACGCACUCUCCUAAACCCAUCAGGAACGGCUCUCCCUACCUUCCAAACGGCCCGGAGGGUGAUUAUGUCUCUCACAAAGAUGGCUCUGUUAUCUCUCGUAGGGAGUGGUACGUUUGACCGGCCGCCUGAUCUGAAAAAUCAAAGAACACCUUAGUUUUUCUUCUGUACGCACACAACUUCUUCUUUUUCUAAUCCCUUUGCACCCUGAAAGACACUUGAGCUAUUUUCCUGUUCAUGAUGUGGAUGAGCUGUGAUCCGCCAUGCGGCCAUGUCCCGAUGUGCGCGCACUUCCCGGAUGGACAAUUUCUGUUGAGUCACUAAUGUUGUCAGAGGAAGCCACAUCCCCACACCCCUCGGUGGCCUCGCUCAGCCGUGUGACACCUCCUCAUUUUCACAUACUGAUUUGUUUAAAAGACCUGUGACCUCUGAACAUGCGACACUGAGAUUAAAGCAUGGGGCCAUAAAAUUAAUCAUAGCUACUUAGAUGGCUACUGGUCCUUCGGCCAAGUCUCUGUCGGACACGGAAGACCUCUCGUUUAGGGAAGUAGAAUUAACUGCACUGCCUUUUUGCUGAUUUGCGAUGGUCUUAAGCAGACUACUAGUACUACUGUGCAAAGUCAAGAGAGGUGGUGCGGUCACUGCAAACAGCAGACAUAACCAUCUCCAUAUGGAACCAUGAACCUUUUCAGUUUAGUCCUUCUAAUAUGAACAAUUUGCACUAAUCAUCACAGGCUCUUAGAUAGGUUGCUAAUAGCAGGUUGUAGUAUAGCUGCCAUCGUACAGUACAGCUGACUAUUAAUGCCACACUGCCAUGACACUAGCCACUAAUGGGCCUGUCUCACAACUAAUAUGUAGCAGAGGAAAAUAAUAGGUUUGUGUCUGCCAGUUCCUCCACCAUUUUAAGUUGGAAACAGUAUUACUGCAAUAUCUAUCCAGAAUUGUGGUGUGUGUGUGUAUAACCCCGACAAGGUGAAGACAUUUGUUUGAAUCAGUCAGUAUUUAUACUGUACUUAAGUUUUGUUUUCUGACCUAGGACUUGAUUUCCAUUGUGAAUUAUUUUGGCACGUGCACUUACCUAUCAGACGGGAUGUUGGAGAUACAACAAUCUCUCUCUUGCACAAAUAGUGUUUGUAAACCGUAGUUUUAUUACCUUUACAGUAUUUGCUCUAAGAGGCCAAAUAUUUGUCUGUGCGUAAAAAUACAACAAUGGCGACGUGGCGUGCGUAUUAAAUAGUACAAUAUAUGUUAGCCGAUCACAGGGUCCUGUAGUUUAGAAGAUGCGUUUAAAUGCCACCUAAAUAUAGUACAGUCAUCAAAAGGGGGAUUAGUUCAAUUGUGAUAUUAUGAUUGUUAUUAGGCAGGAUGUGACCAUUGUGCUGUGACUAGGCAGCCAUUCUCGUAGUGCCACGCUGGUUACAUAUUAAGAUGUGUCAAGUCGCACAUCAUAACCUAAAGCAUGCCAUCUUUAAGGUCAUUGUUGUUUUUUCUUAAGCAACAUUUGUUUCUCUGCGGGGGCCUGAGCUUAUAACUUCUGAACAAUUGCACUCCUUUGUAUUUAGCCUUUUGUAGUAAAUUCUGUUUGCAAACUUUUUAAACUUGCAAGGUUUGUAGCAAUAGACCCUCAAAUAUUCCCAAUUAAAAAUGUUGUUUUUUAUUGGCCAUCUAUUAAAAAUACAUGUAACUUAGAAUGUGGGUUGAAUGAUGAACAGAUGUCCCUCCAGACUGUCCUGCAAAGUUAUAAAAAAAAAGAUACACAUUUAUUUGAAUUGUAUAAGGUUUGUGAGUGCAGGUGACAGGAAGCACGGCUGCUGAAUCCCCCUUUUGUUUGCUUCUAUGCACUAAUACGGAAACCGCACAAAGGAUACAUUUUUUUUUUUGCUUAUCAAUGCUCAGCCCUGCAUACUACAGUUUGGUUGAGUGACGACAUGAGACAAAUAGCCUAGUGCCUUAGAAGAUAUCAGUGUUUCUAGUUGUGCUCAGUGCCAUAUGUUCAAAAAUGAUGAGUGGAACUUAAACAUUUCCUGGUAACAAAUUGCCACAGUAAGCGAACACUGUGAGUAGCUUAGGUGUCACCUGAUCAAGCACCUUUAUUGUUUCCUCCCUUUGUGUAUAUAUACAUGUAAGUUAAUGAAAGUGAAACAAAAAUAUAUAUUUAUGUCUGUGAAGCAUUAGUCAUUCUUUUUGCCAGAUACUUUAUCCCAAAUAAAGCACCUUAGCACAUGCAA